AAUUAACACUUUAAAAAGGAGCUGCUAUUUUGCUGACUAAAGUUUAUCAAAGUACUCGCUGAAAGAACUGGUCGAGGUAAGAAAUACUUGUAGAGGGGUCCAAGGCAAUAAACGUUUAAGUUUGUUUUUAUUUUUGUUAAUAGAGAGAUCCACUAUGAAAGCGUAUUUUCGAUACUUGUGGAUUAAGUGCUUUUCAAUUUGGCAAGAUUUUGUUCAAGGGCAUUAGAUUGCUUUUUUGAUGCUUGAGUUAAUCGGUUCAUUAUGAUCGUGAGGGAGAGGGAGUUUAGCGACGCUCGGUCAAUCUAUGAGUUAACUUAAUGAAAUUUCAUUUAUUCAUCAUUUCAUCUUCACCUUUCCCGGUUAUAUUACGAACCAACUUUAUGACCAGCUGCCAGUUGGUUUGCUAACUUAGUUAAUAAUUGAUUAGAGCGCUUUACCGGUAUCACAGAUGUCAAGAAUCACUGACUGCUGUACUCCUGUAUCUCCGCCCUCCUGUUCCCUCCUCGGCUAGCACCUGCUAUUUGGGGGGGGAAACUGACUUCAUGUAUUUCAGUUGUUAAUAAAGUGUGUGAGUGUGAGUGUGAAUCCCGGAAGGACUGAAUUUUUCAGGUUUUCUUUUCCCAACUGCAUAAGGUUGCGUCCUUAAGUAGCUGCGAUCAUCUUUACAUUUAUUUUAACAUCUACUGUUCGACUGUUAGACUGUUAGAUUGUUUCAAUGACCGUCGAUUUUCGUCAUGUAGAUUAGAUUUUUACUCUUUUAAGUCAUUACGAGUUUUAGUGUAGUGAAACAAAGUUCACUGUUGCUUACCAUUAGAAAAUACGUGUGCAUGGUGGCAAAGUUUUAACCAGCUUUGUCACUCCUAACAGAAAGCAGUCACUGAGUCGUAAGUUAGUUGCUACGUAGCCUUACGGGGCGGCCAGGGGAAAAAACAUACGCUGGAAUUAUGGGUCCUUUUGCAUGAGCAUUAUACGUUGAGGGCACACGGUAUACCUAGUGGAACAAUAGGGACAUUUAUACGAAGAAAUAAGACGCAAACUGUCCUGUAUAAACGGCAUAUUUCGUCUUUAGCUAAGACGGGUCUUAUCUUAACAUAGUCCUUUACACUGUUCUUAGAUAAGACGCGUCUUAGCUCAGUCGCGUUUAUUUGAGAAGGAAUGUGCCGUUUAUGCAGGACAGUUUGCGUCUUAUUUCCUUGUAUAAAUUUCCGUAAUCUGUAUCUAGUAGAGUCUGAAAAUCGUCACUCAGGACGAUAGGUAUUAGUAGUAAGUUGUAAUGAACUGUUACGGCUUUUUUAUUCCAUCUUAUUAUUCGCUGAUCAGGGCUGGCAGAUGUUAACAUUUGGCUGUCAGUAAAAUAAAUUUAAAGGGGAACCCUGUGCAUAUUUCUUGGUAUUUCAGGGAAGCAGUGGAUGAGAAUAAAAGUUUGAGAAACGGCUGGUUAAGUAUGCAAAUUUGACGCGAGUUGGAUUCAAUCUACGGUCAAUAGUGAUAAAUAGUGAAAAUUUGCAUAUUUUCCAACCCUUCUAUCUUCGACACAUUUCCACCACCGCAAGUGUUGAGCAACAGAUUACAAACCUACAAUGUCCUGUAAAAUGACUAACAGACGACAUUGGUCGUCCUGGGGUGCCAAUUUCUCUGAGAACAUUUGUGUUCAGAAGGUUCAUGAAGGCAUUCAUUACGAAAAUCCGGUUUAAUGAGUCACCCCCCACUAACUAUAAAAUCGGCCUUUGGAAAUCAGCAUUGUAUCAGUUCUGGAACUGUUUUGAAAUUUUUGUUUUUCAAGUUCAUUCACAAAAUAAUGACAGGUUACGCUGUUAAUGUUAAAAUUCCAGAAACAAAUUUCAAUUACACUAAUUAAAAAUAAAAGCAGUUCGAGAUAACAUACUGAAGUGGAUGACUGCUGCAUUUUUGUGAACCUUAAAAAUAAGAGCACUUUAUAUUAAUUAGGACAAGCUUUUGUCCGAAAGCAUAGUGGAUGACUUCUAGUUCAUUACAAUACACUCUUUAAUGUGAAAGGAAAAGUGUUCAUGAUAACUUAGACUCCACUAAAGAAAUACCAGUCACAUCAACCAAGUAAAACCAAGAAAGGCAACUAUGUAUGGAUUAGACAGUUUGACAGAACAUUCUACAGUUAAUGUCGAGUUCUCAAGGGAAUCUGUUAGUUUCAUGUGGAAGGACAGGGGGCUGGGACCCGGGAAAAUGGGCCGGGGCGGGAAGGGUGGGAAGUCGGGUGGGAGUUCUAAACGGGUGGAAAGUGGGAGAAAUAACGGGAAAUUACUUUUAGAUGCUCGUUACAGUUUGCAAUUGAAAAAGGGCUUAAGAGAAAAAGACACGAAAAGAGGAGUGGGAGCUGGGAAUUCAAGGUACGGGGGCCGGGAGGUCUUUAUCCCCUGUUUCCACAGUCUUGUUUUCCAGAGAGAACCUAUGCUUCCCCUACUCGAAAGUCGGAUUAGGGGAAAACAAAAAUAACCGUUUUCUCGGGUACCAGACCCUUCAUUUUUUGUUGCAUUUUCUUGUGUUUUCUAGAUCAUUUCUCUUUACCAGUAGAUGUAUUUCUUUAUGUGAUAACUUCGAAAAUCUUCGCUGUUAAGCCUCAGGGUCCAUUUUUGCAUUGUUGUGUUAAUUCACGAAAGUGAAAACUGGCAGCGUUCUCACCGUCUUAUGUCACGCCACUUUCCAUCAUGCCUUGAUCACGUGCUCUUUAAAAAUAUGGAAAACCCACUAAUUGCGGGGAGGAUUCAAUUAGAACGGUUUAUCUCAAGGGAGUUUUUUGAAAAAAUAGGUAGUACCUUUCAAGGUAUUACUUGUUUUCUAAAUUUUACUAAAAUCCGAGAAAAUUUUCGUACCAUUUGGCGACAAUUUAUACCAGUACUAUUCUACUUCCGAGAAGACAGCCACUCCCAAGACGGCUAAACUGCAAAACAGUCCGUAUUUUUACGUAUUCAAGUACGCGCAAGCAAUCAAACAGAAGGUCUGGAACUAGGCUGAAAAAGGAGCAUACGACUCUUACACCACGCUUCACCGAUUUCUUUGCUGAUUUUGAGAAAAAAACCGACUGUUUCUCAGUGUAAAGAUGCCGAAUUCAAGUAAUGAAUAAACUGCAAAACAGUCCGUAUUUUUGCGUAUUCAAGUAUGCGCGAGUAGUCAAACAAAAGGCUGGAGUGAGGCUAAAAACAGAGAGCGAAACUGGGGAGAGACGCGGUUUUUUUUUUUUUUUUUCGCUCGCCUCACACGCGCUACGGGCCUGUGAGGCUUGCGCGCUUCGCGCGCAUACGACUCUUACGCCAUGCUUCAUCGAUUUCUUUACUGAUUUUGAGAAAAAAAACCGACUGUUUUGCAGUCCAAGUAAUGAAUGGUUUCUAUUCCAAAUCGUUUAUGUCGUGACAGCUGUUUCAUUCUCAUCAUAAUCGCCACUGUUACAAGACUUCUUGCAACACAAAUAUAGCACUCUAGGUGAGAAAGAUUGAAGGUUUGGUCGUCGGUGCUUGCGUCUAUCUUUGCUUUCGUGAUUCGUGCUUUUCGUGAUUUAGCCAGGACAACGCACCGUGAUUGGUUGAAAACGAGCAACCAUUAUUUCGGCGGCGAUUUCAUAGUAACAGCAGCUCCUUUUUCAGUUAUUAUGAGACCACUCCUAGUUUUGUUCCGACUUGCAAACUUUGAUUAGAAACUCGCCGACUUAACAUAAAAAAGCAUCGAAAUAGCCUUAGAACUGGAAAGGUUCUCAGUAUACCAAUCAUCGCAGAUGCCUUAAAUAGUUGUGUUGUACUUUUAGAACGCGAUCUGUUUUUACUGGCAAAUUCCUGAAGAGCAAAGUUUAAUUAACCUGCGUCAUGGAACCAACCGGUUCCACAGUUCAUAUUGGUAAAACUACCACUACAGUUAAAGACUAUGAAUAAGUUAUAGUCUAAACUCACUCCGAAGUACUACUGCCAACAAUUUUGCUAUGUCGUUUCCAAAAGAACUACGAGCAGCAUGCUUGACUUGACAUAAUGUAUUCGAGGUCUUUCUCUCUCCCUCUCUAGCUCCCUCCGAACUUCGUUGUUUUUCUAUGGUUGUCUGCUACAACGUCUUCAACUUCAACUAACUCAUCCAAAUUUUGGCCACCCAAAUAGCUGAACUGUGGACCUGCAAUUUAGACAUGUUUGGUAUAGCCGCCGAGCAAGAGAUCUUUUAUUGCACUUCCUCUUCACUAAAAAGGUGCGCGCUUCCACCAACGCAUUUCCGAGGGUGUUUUUGACUAGCAAUUAAAAAACUAAUGAAAUAAUAGAAAUUAAAAAUUGAAAGUCAGACUAGCCACUACCCAAACAAUUUGUUUUCCCCCAAAACACCCGACCUAAGCAAGAAACUACAUAAUUGACCAUUUUCAGUGCUUUAUGAUAUAGCUUUGAAAAUGGUCAUAUGUCUUCUCCAAGUGUCCACUUCUAAACUACAUAUUUUCGAAAAGAAGUCGAUAUCACUUGACUUGAAAACAACAACCUAAUUAAAACUACCGGUAUGGGCUGGACCUUGGAGUCUUAAACCAACCUUUUAUUGAAAGAAACUCUUAACGCAAGACAAACCUAAACGCUUAAGCAGUUUUAAAAUACUUCGCAGACGUUCAAAAAACAAAAACCUUGAGAGGCCAUGAUAAACGGAUUUAACCUUAUGAAUAAACAGAUUGUACGCUAGAUUGAAACAAAAGUAACUAGCCCUUGAUUCCUUGUGCUCCUUCUAUCCAUAACACUUUUGAUCCCUAUUAGUUUAAACAUACGUCACGAACUUUUAGCAGUUUAGACGGGGCUGCCAAAACCAUUAGUCUUAGUUUAUUUGAAACAGACCAACCAAAAGAAGUAAAUGUUCUUGACAUGUUCUAGAGAGGAGACUUAAAAAGACACAAUUUCUCUUUAAUGCGCCUGUAAAUAGAAACUUUGUUUAAAUAACAGCCCUCACACUUAAGCUUUUUCACCUGUAGGCCUGGUGAAGGACGUGUCAUCUGUCAGAGCUCAAAAAACUACACGUGCUCAACUGCAUCACAGAAGUGGCGUCAAAAGGGUUUCUCCUUGUCGUAAAACUACUUUACAAUGGAUUCAUGGAGCUCUUGGCAAGUUUUCUCUCUUCUUUGCUUUAUUACCCUUAUCAGCACGACAGAUUGCCAUAUUUUCUCGCAUGUCCACGCUCGGAGCGUAAAUGGACCAGGAGCACAAUCUUUUGUUCACAGCUUGUUCGGAAAAUAUGGCACAAACAAAUCAAUGGACUUGAAGCAGUUUGAAGCUCUGUUAAAAGAACUUAAGGUUGGAUCCAUCCAAGCUGCAGAAUCAGGCCACGGACAUCAUGAAAGUCAUCAUGAAAGUGAAAGUGAAUCAUCACAUGGACACCAUGACAAAGAAGAAAUGGGAUCGGAUAAGGUAAGCCGACCAAGAACAUUAACGAUUAGGUACAACUGGUUGGUCAGACCAGUUAAUGAGCCAUUCGCUAAACACAUCUAUUAUUAAUCAGAAAUACCCAGUCAGAUCAGUACAUGCACAACAGUGGGUAAACACUAUUACAUCAUUAGUUUUCUACACAUUUUUAUAUUUUUCCUAUUUUUCUUGUACAUGUAAAUUGAUUGUGAAAACCCUAUUGGGAGUCUAUUGUACUGGGGGGGUAAGGGUGGUGGUAUUCAGCAUAAGCUCGAUCCCCCAAAAAGCCUGUUUGACUUUCAAAAUUACCUUACCAUCCCGCCAGUUCUGGCUUUCGGUAAACGCUCUUAAACAUUUCGAACUUUUUCGACGCCAUUUUUGGCGCAAAAGAGUAAAGAAGAGAGUUAUAGGAGGGCUUGGUAGCCAGGCGAGACGUUAACUGAAAAAAAAAUGGAGACUCAAGUUUUCAGUGGCCUUCGAAUGCAGAUUUAUUUCGGGUUUACGCUUACCCCUGCCAAAAAAAGUAACGUCUGCGUUAAGCCUCCAAAAAGGUUUCUGUGACUGGAAAGUUGUCUACGUUCACAGGCCAAGAGUAAGCUUAUAACGGUUUUUAAGUUUACCGCUUUACGUAACACCAGACCAGGCCAAGAUAACGUUAUUAAGCUUAUAUAUUUCGCACAUCCUAACCCCUAAAGCCAUAUGGGAUUGUUUGGACGGUCUAGCUCAUUUCAUAAUUUUUCUUUAACCCUUUGCGUUCUCAGUCAAUUACAUAUAGAGAAAAUCUUAUAACUUUUGAGUCUGUGAAUCAAUGGAACGGUAUUAAAGUACUUUCAAUUGUAAAAAUCCUUUUUUAAGCAUUGAUGAAAGCAAAAUUUAAGUAUUUCGCUCAAAGUUUUUACAUUGACUCAUAUUUGAAUCAAAAGGGAUAAGCUAUAAUCUCUAAAAGCUUCUGUGAAAGCUUAUGUUUAAUAUUUUUUUAAAGUUCGGCUAGAGUAAUCGUUUCGCUGUUUAGACUAUGCUUACUGUUUAUCACUUAAAACAAACAACAUCUUCUACGGUUUUGUAGAAGUUAAGACGCGUAGAUUACAGACCAGCUGAGACUUCGAAUUUCCUAGUAGACUCAACUCAAUAUGUGUCUGGAUCCAUCAUACGUGACAGUUUUUGACUAGGAAUACCUAUUUAUUUUAGUUUCGAGAAUCUAUUUUUACAAAUCUGUACCUCCGCCUGAUAUAUAAAACAGUUAUUUCGAAGAAGCAUUUUUCGAGCCGCAUGGCAGGAGCUUUACGAGCCAAGCGAGGUGAAUGGGGCCUUUCGCGCAAAGCGUGAGACGAGGAUCACCUGACACUCUGUGUCGGCCUCUCGCGCUUCGCGCGAAAUAUCACCCCUCCUGGCUUGGCUCAUAAAGCGCCUGUCAAGGCAGGUGCAUUUUACUGAUACUUUUUUUCUUUCGAGAGAGUAGUUUAUAAAUUGCAUAAAGAAUUCUUUACUCUCUCGGUAUUUCCCGGAAGGGGGACAUGCACUCCCUUAUUUUGCCUUGACGGUUAUGCGCCCUUGAGCAGCGCAUGGUUUUCAGGUUCUUGGACUGGAAUCCUUUACAAGAAUGUGAAGGUUGGAUAUUAGCUGUCUACGUCUGUGGUGCCAACAAUUUUUUACCAAAAAUCCAACUCCACGAUGUUAAUUAGGUUGAGAAAUUACUUAGUUCUGUCAGCGAAACGAAUCAGGGUCCUAAAAUAAGGUCUCUUGUCUUAAGCGGGGUUCUGGGUCUGAAGGCCUCGGCGGCAAAACUUUACCCAAACUUUCCUUGAGUGCACCCCUCGGGUACGGUCCGUUAUGCUUUUCUUGGUUUUGAGCCCGAUGUCCUGUAGUUCCUCUGUUGGAAUGAAUACUUUUGGUUUAGCUUAACAGUCUAUGCACUGCGACUGUUCUGAAGGUUGUUGAGGCAGCUUUUUCAGAUAGAGCACCCUCUCUGUCUUUUUCGGCCGUGAUAUAUGUCUGAGUGUCCUGGCCUUGAGUAUUGCUGACUAUAGCACUUGGGAUCUUACCCACUUCACGUGGGUAAGGUCCAUAUUUAGCUCAUUUUGAAAAUCAAAAACGCCAUUUGAGAAAUCAAACGCUAUCAAUUUUGGAAAGAUUAGCUGGAAAAUCAAAAUGAAACACUAAAGCAAAAGAUAUCUUUCUUUUUAAUCAAGUACAAAAUAUCAAAAUCAAAGCAAGAAAACAAGACAAGAAUCAAAAUAAGUGAAUUUUGUAAGUGAUACUCCGCGAACACGGUAGACAUCAAAUUGGGUAGAAGAUAUUUAAUGAAAAUAUUGUAAAUCCCUUAUGGGCCAUCGGCGCUUGGGACUCAUCUAACUCUUUUCUUUUUUUUUUUCUUGAGCUCACAGACACAAUGCCCGCCUAAUAUAGAAAGAAAAUAUGAUGUGAUCAAACGAAAGACGAUUGCGAGCAGUGCAGCUACUAUUGUCGUUGCUGUGAACAAACUAAUGGGGAUUUGCGUUUGUAAAGAUGUUGAGUUAAAAACAACGCAAACGUCCCCUGUGCCUCGUUUUAUUUUUAGGUUUGCCCUUGAAAAUCUUUUGUUAUGACAGAAACAACCCUGUAACAAGCUAUAAUAAGAGGGCUAGCGAUUGAACAAAGAGGUUUUGGAAAUUACCACAAAUACAGCCGGGAUAAUUUGUUCAUCUACUUUUUGUUGCAGUGUUACUCUGCUGAAGUUCUGUUUGACUCCUUCUCCAUUGAGUCAAACAGAUUGAACCAAACGUCUUUUGAAAGGAUAUGCCCAGCAAUAGUACAACAAAUUGAAAGUAAAUCAUGUGAAAGUGAAAAGGAGGACAGCGGUGAUGAAAGUGAAAGUAAAGCCCAAGGUAAGCACUUACAUGUACCUUAAUGACUCUCUAAGGUAUUUGAGCUCGUCAACUAAGAUGUUAACUACGGAUAUGGGAAAUAAUUAAAACUGCUGCAGCAUCUCACCAGAAAAAUGACAAUUAAACUACACCAACCACAGCAGAAUGCUAUGAUAUAGAAAGCACUGCUUUAAACAUCACUGAACCUCAUAGCCCGAGAAGACUGGCGGAGAGCAAUCAAAACAAUUUGAUCCACAACUCAGGUGAGGACACUGUAAAACUAUCAUCCUCUUUACUAUAAUUAUAUGUCAGAAAAAAGAGACCAAACUUUAUUUUUUCCUACCUUUUCUCCUUGUGAGCAUAGCCAAUGUAACUUGUGAGCAAACUCAAUGCAUCGCGCGCACUAUAAUCAAGUCAUUAAAAAUUAAAACUGUAACUAUUAUCGGCAAUGUCAGUAUCCAUUUAUUACUAUUACUGUAAUUAUUGUUAUUAUUAUUAUAUUUAUUUCUAGAUCAUUAUUAUGAUUAUCAUUUACGUUUUUUUAUCCUUAGUCUAACAUAAAUGUCAUGAAAAUCGGAGCUUAAAGUUAUCAGUAAUUCACAGAGCUCCUAUUCAGUCAUUUUAUAACAAGUUCUGCUCAUCAAAACCACAGGAAUAGAGGAACAGUGUGAAGACAUUCAAAUGUUUUUACAAGCGUUCACUGAGUUGAGCGUUAAUUAAGCUAAAACCUCAACUAUGUUUCUUACAAACCCUGAUUACAUCCUAAAAUUGCUUUUGGUCACUGCUUUCUUUUGUUGAUUUUUUGUUGUUGUUUUCUCUGUUUUAGCUUGGGGAUUUGGUUUCUUGUCUGUGACCAUCAUCAGUUCUGCAUCUCUUCUGGGAGCUUUUAUAGUGCCGUUUAUGAACAAAUCAUUUUACAAGAUUCUCCUGCUGUUUAUGGUGUCUCUUGCUGUUGGUGUGUUGAGUGGAAGUGGAAUCAUUCAUCUCAUCCCUCAUGUAAGUUCCUUGAAAUAAAUGAAAACAUUAUUUUUGCUACCUUUUCUUUUUUCAAAUCCCUUCGUAAAUCUCCUGUGGUUAUAGUGCGGUUUACCCAAUAAUUCAGGUAAAUGUGGCUUUCAAACCUUUCAGAAGGUGAAAUGCAGUCCAUGUUAUUCCGGAAUCUAUUUUCAAGAUAAUUUUUACAAUUUUUGGCAGACGUUUCUUGCGUCUCUCUCCACUGGAAGGGACUAUUGUUUCAUUGAACAACAAACCUGAUCAAAAAAAACAACCUGGUGUACCUGCUGGGUCUAUUUAUGGGCACAUCGAGGGUGGGUGUGUUUUUGUUGGGAUGGAGGGGGUUAGGGGGGAAUAUAAGAUCGUUUCCAGGUUUCAAAUCUCCAAAGGCGCCUGUCUCCACGCUGUAAUCCACAAACUGAGAAACUGACAUCUGAAAUUAUUAAAGCUGAAAAUCCUAUUCAACCACGUUUCAGGUAACAUCACUUUCACUCUUUAUUCAGUUUCCUCACUGCUUGUUGACCGAAACAGUAUACUUGUGAACAAUUAAUUACUGGUAGUUUGUUUAAAGGACAAAUUGAAUAAUUGGACUUCUCCUGGCAAUUCAAAGCCUUAUUGAAAUACUUUGUUACAUGUAAUUUUCGCGACAUGUUUAUGUCGCGAUUUUGAUGUGCGCAUAUUUCGCGACACUUAAAUUUCGCGAUUUUGCGAAAAUUUUAUAUUUUGAAUCACUUUAAUUUCGCGUUUUUGGGUACAACAAUUACAAUUUCAUAAGCAGUUUCAUUUAAUACGUCUUCGAAGUAAAUAAAAUGACGUUAUCAAAGGAACAAUAACGUCAAAAUUAAGAGAAACGCAGCAGAUGGACUAAAUGUCACCAGUAACAACAAAGCAGUCGCAAUGUCCACAAAACGUUUCAUGUUUGUAUGUGAAUUAUUGUUCUUGAGUCAAUUGACCACAACAUCCAUUUACACUGAAAAUUCCUCAGAAAAGUAAAAACUGUGACUUUGUAAACGUUUCACUGGUAAAAAACUCUAUGGACAUAAUGGACAUAAUGGACAUAAUGCGAGUCACUUGAUUUUUGCGUCAUGUUAUGUUCGCGAAAAUUAUUGUUUGCGUCACUUAAAUUUCGCGAUUUGUUUUUGUGUGGCGAGAUUCAUGUAAUAAGGUACCCGUGAAAAAUCUUCAAAAGAAUUUGCAGCCUUAUACAUAAAAAUUGCGACUAAAUAUUAGCAGAUGCAGAUCUUGAAACAUAGGCACGUUUAACGUGCACGAGCUAUUUUGAAUGCUUCAGUGUAACUGUACCAAGAAGCUACCUUUUUUGUGCGAAAUUGGGUAUGCUGUACUGUACAUGAAUGAAAACUCGAAACGCUCAGCUGAGUCGGUGCUCAUGCUAUAGGUUCCCUCUUCUCUAUCUUUCCUUCAGACACCUGGUGCAAAUUAAACAAAUUGUUAAAGUGCAAUGAAUAUCAACUCACAAAACGCUGCUUCGAAGGUAAAGUCGGAGGUUUUCUCGGAGUUUCUUUAGACAACGUCGCUCAUCGAAGACCGAAUAGUUAAGAAAUAUCACGAUAUUUAUCAUUGUGGUAGAUGGUUGCAUCUUCAUAAUUCACGAGGUUUUCACGUGCGAUUAUACUCAAUGAAACAGUCUUUAACUUUAACUACUUAAUUUUUCAUGUUUUAAAAGCUGUUGCUUCUUAAAAGCUCGGGGGGACUCCGCAUAUGAAAGGGGGGGGGAUGCUCGUCGUCUCGCUUAGGGGAGUAAAUUUCGGAUUUGUGUCUCACUUAGGGUGUUCUGGGCAAAACGACAUCACAUUUGGCCGUGAAGGUCUCGUUUGGGGUUGCACGCGAAAAAAUGUAAAAAUAUAUAUUUGAUACGCAUAUUUUUAAUUCGUUUUAUUUACUCCAUUCAUAUAAUCCAAGUUUCCUCAUUUGUCUGUGUUUUAACAUGGUCUCUUUUAGGGGUCAAAAAAAGCUUGGGCCACGCCCAGAUCGGUCUCCUUUAAGGGUUUAAUUCAAAAUUUCCGACGAGCAUCCCCACCCUUUCAUAUGCGAAGUUCCUUCCCCCCCGGCUUAAUAGACAAGAUCCUUUACUUAAGGUAUUGGUUGCAAAACUAAACAGGUCCUUAUCUGUUCAAGUUACAAUUAUUACUUUGAACAGCCAGUCUGCAGGAGAUGUUGGAUGCGAUCCAUUCAACCAACAUUCAGACCGAUCCGACCGGGAAAAGUGGUCCACCUCAAAAUGUGGACCAGUUUUUUCGAAACUUUUCCGGUUUCCGAACCGAUCCAUUGAGUUUUGGACCGAAAUUUCCGGAAAUUUUGGUUGAAUGGAUUGCGCCCGUACAGUCACACAGUUGGCACGUGAAAGUGUUGGACUUUGCCCCUUUUCGUAGUUGGUACGUGAGGGAAUUCGAGUUAUCACACAGUAAUCUAGUAAGCAGGGUUAUAAAAAUUGCUCAUGCACACAAUUUGCACGUGAACAUGUUGGACUUUGCCCUGUUUUACAUUUAGCACGUGAAAGAACGAAGACUGUUUACAAGAUUAACUCGCUCAAACGAUUUACGAAAUCACCCUCUUUUCGAACAUCUGCAAUAAAAUUAUGCAUCAUUCAAUAUUAAGAUUGCUGCCCUAACAUCAUUAUUUACUUCCAACAAAAUUGUCAAACUGUCGAAAUGCUGAUUUCUACUCCUGUCAUGUUAUUCCACUCAAGUGAUCAAAUUCUCAUUAUUUUGUCAACUGGCUACUUCCAAGUUUGUUCGCUAACGUUAUUAGAGCUGUUAGAGGAUGUUAGCAUCAACCACGAGUACGAGUACGAGAACGACAUCAAGCCGUACUCCUACUCGAAGUCGUUUUCUCAGCUUUCUAUGUUAGCGAUGACACCGAGUUCGAGUUUAUAGAAAAUAAAAUGAUGGGAUUCCGCAUGACUGGGCGCCAAAUUUGAGUCGAGGUAGCGCUUCCACAACAAUUUCCAAAACAAAAAAUGACUCUAAAAAACGUUCAAAUCGAAAAUCAAUUUUUCGAGGUAACUCGAAGGAUGGUUAGUCGCGGUCUUAAAACACGCUAAAACCCAUCAAAUUCAACACAACAACCACACUGGAUAAAGAAGUAAGUAUUUUUUAUUGAUAUCUUCGACUGUUGGGAUAUUUUCGACCAAAUAAUGGCAGUUGUCGGGGUCAUUUCGUGAGCCUGUGAGGCCUGUGGAGAGACAUGAAACUUUCCCGGGUAAAUGCAAAUUUACUCUGUGUAGGAAAUAUCGCGUUCGGUUGCUUUUCCUCGACUUCAAAAGCAGUAUUUUACAUAAAACAUAAUAUAGGGAAUGUUCAAGAUGAUAAAGAGAGGCUAUAAACGAAAAGAAACGGCAUGAAACGAUCGGAAUUUACCUUUGAAAACCAGCUCUUCCCAGUCGUUCUACCCACUUCGAGUUUUUGGUGAGAACUCGUCCUAGUGCAACUUGACAGGACGACUUGAAAACGUGGAGAUGCGCAGAACGGAUGCGCAGUACGCAAAAUCGCUGAUCUCGUUCUAGAACUCGUACUCGUUGUCGAUGCUAACAUCCUCUAUUGUUUCAACAAAAGUUACGCACCUUUACGAAGGCCGACUUUGUAAAUUAUAUAUUUUCAACUACUACUGGUAGCUGACACUACAGCUGCCUCCACUCUGUAUAUGGUCGGUCAAUAGUAUUCUUUGUCGUUGUGUAGGAGCAACAAUGUAAAUACAUGUUCCUGAAAAAAAAUGUUAUUUCCUACACUACACAUGGCAGAAGAGCUAUUCCCUUAUUUUUCAAAAAUUACCCAUUUCCAUAAAUACCAGAAACCAAAAUAGUCUGAAAAAUUCUGAACUUUAUAAGCCAAAUUUAAGGUCUAAACAUUUGAGAGAGUGGAGUUCUCGAUCGAUACGAUCCAGGAUAAACAUGUCAAAAAUCCAAGAUUGCUAACGUAAUUCGUCACUCAUGAUAUUAAUAGGUAAUCAAAUGGUAUACUCGUAAAAUUAGGGAAUAAUUUCACGCGCGUUUUGUCCAAAUUCUAAUAAUUUCCAGAGCCUUUAGGCUCGGGAAAUUAUUAGGAUUUGGACAAAACGCAAGUGAAAUUAUUCCCUCAUUUUACUCGUCACCAUCUGAUUACACAUACAUAUAAGAGUGAUUUUUAUAUAGCUGGAAAUUUCUUCCCAACAGCGUGCACUCUCAUUGGUUACUUUGUUACAUGACACCUAACAAUGAAACUGUUUCCCGCCAAAAUCUCUUAGCGGUCAACAUUGCAAAAUCCAUGACGUCAGAGGGUAACAGUCCAUUGUUCCCACGAAUGUUGACCGUCGACCGUCGUUAUAGCGAGAUUAAAUGGAUUUCCAGCUUCAAAAUUUCCAACUACAUGACUGUAUAAAAAUAACAAUCUCAAUGUUGAGUUUCUCGGGAAAAAGACCAGUCAUUAAGUGUUUAAUAUUAAUAGCAUUUGAUCGAGUUAUUGUUGGAGUUAUUUUUUCUUCCUCUGACUCCUUCUGUUAGGCAUUUGGUUUUCAUGCUCAUGAUGGAGAACUGGGAUAUUUGUGGAAAUGCCUUGUGAUCAUCGGUGGAAUAUACUCCUUCUUUUUCUUGGAAUAUGUCAUGAGAAUGAUUGUCAGGUUUAAAGAGCAGUCAACAUGUGAUAAUCAUGAUAAAAACGAAAUGGUAAGUGAUCUCAUGAGCAAUUUCUCACUUGCACAAAUUUGUUUAACCUCUACUUUUCGUAGGUAUUAAAGACGAUAGUAGAUUGUAAGCUGUACCUCAUUCUUUCUUGUUAUAAGACAUUGCAGUAAGAUUUUCAACACCACUUGAUGAAGAUAUUCUGAUAGCUAUGAAUCAAUAAUACUAUCAAAUUAAUAUACGUGUAUAACAAUUAUUCACUGAAGUGGAGGUGCCUAGUGGUGGAUAUUCAGUGAAAUUUACCGAGCCGAGAGGUAAAUAUCCACCACUAACCACCGACACUGAGGUGAAUACGGUAAUUGUUUUAGUGAAAACAGUGAGAUAAUUGAGCACAAAAAUGAUGAUUUUUGACCCAUUUACUGCUGCCAACGAUCAAAAUUUUGCCGCGAAAUUGAUCAAACGGUCGACGCGGUUUCUUCCCGACAAAUAAAACGUUUGAAUUUGUUUAGCUCUUGCGGGGAAAUUUCUUCUGUUUGUAUUUAAAACCAUUCUGUAAAAAAAAAAAACUAUUAAAUUUAGUUUUAAGCUUAUUUAUGAAAAUGUCUGCUUGAGUAAUAAAGUAACGCAAGACUUGAUUUGCAUUUGUAGACAAAACACUUUUUCACCGGUUUCGUCGAUAAAUUCAAGUCAAACGGACAAAUCCUUACCUGUUAAAUCUUCCAAACAGAAUUUCGUCACCUUUCUUCGUGUUUUGGGAACAGCUUUUUUGAUUAUUCGUGAAACUUCUUUAAGUUUGUUACGGCAGCAAACUCGGGAAGCUAUUUUGCUUGUACAUGAACUUACGCGAUUUUGACGCCGUUCGCUCGGAGGAUCAGGAGGUGAAUAGCACUGGAUAUCCCGAGUUUAAGCAGACAAUCAGAGCGCGCGAAAAACACUACCCACUGUUUAAGUAUGGUAUACUGAAUAAACGACAUGUAGGCCAGACCGGAAAACGCUUUUUGAAAUUACUUCUGUACAUAUUCUUCGGAAAUUAAAUAAACUCGUCGUUUGGUAGGACUUAUUAAAAGUGCAAUACUCUUUAGGACUGAACCGUCUAGCAGGCCCGUUCUUCCUAAUGGUAAGACCCUGCGUCACUCCAAAAUAACACAUAAAAGAGAUGCUUAGUAGACUGUUAAAAAAGAGGCCAUUUUCUUUCUUGCUGCUGCGUCGACCUGGCAGUGCACCAAUACAAACCUGUCAAUUGUUGUUUGAGAUACUGUAAACUGCUGUUUAUAACCUCCCCCACGUAUAGAGCGUUUUCACAUGACGUCAUGGCGGCCAUUUUGGUGUUCCAAAACAAUGAAACGGCGGCUAUGUUGGUGUACCAAAAAAAAACAUCUGGGAGUUGAAAUCUUAUCUCAUGUAAACGCUUUCUUUUUUCCAAUAAAUUUGCAUAGACGCUGGCCACUCGAGUGAAAACGCUCUAGAAGGCCCCCACCCCCGGCCCCCCCCCAAAUAUAGGCCCAUCAUAUGUAUUGACAUGGGUUCGAUUUAAUAUGGCGUUUUGAAGCUCAAAAACGAAUAAAUGUAAGACGUAUUUUGUUAAACACUGCCAUAGCUUGUUUCGAAGCGCUUUUAUAUUCCGGUUAUAAGCCCUCCUAUUAAACCCCUUACGAAGAUCAAUAAACCCAGGGUUAUAAGCUCCAAGGCUCCCAGUUUAUAUGCAGCAGUUUACGGUAAUUUGUAUUCCUUUUUUUUUCAAAUCAGGACAAUACCACGGGUGACAUACCCGCAGCAGGUAUCGCUGAUGUUCAGCUGCAACUGUAUAAAAAGAACCGUGAUCACCAUAGUGCCCUUCAUAAUCAUGGCGCUUCCUUGCCAGAUGUGAAGAUCUGUGGAAAUGGGUCAACGCCAAAUGGCUUUCCAAAUGAGGUAUUCCUAGACAAACAAACAACUAACAUACUUUUCAUAUAAUGAUUAUUUUUAACAACCAUCAAUUCAUUAAUAUGUGGACAAUAGCUAUUGUAGUUUUUUCCUCAGCCUUUCGCGUUGCGUGACAACAACAAUUAACAGCAAGCUUUAUUUUGCAGGACCAUACAAGUACAUACAGAAUUGCAAAAGCUAUUUAAUAUAUAGAUUUAGCCAGGGCUAAAAGCGAGGCUCCCAUUAAUAAAUUUAUAAUUUAAAUUAAACAAUAAACUUGUAUUCGAAUUCCACAAUUCAGUUAACUUUAGAGCACAUUUAUGUGACUUUUGAGGGAAAGGCUACCUGAUUUUAAAGAAAAAUAAUUUGCAAACAGCCCAAGAGUGAACCAAAUCUUACAUCGAGUUGAUAGCCUCAUAUGUACACCCAAAAACUGGUAAUCAUCUUCGAUUACAUUUAAGAGCCAUAAUGGCUCUUGAUCUCCGUAGAUUAAUUGGUGGGGAAAAAAAAUCAGGCCAACUUUUUUGCGUUCGACAAGUUUACUUUGCAAAAUCUUGUCAACAAAUCUGGGUGCGUGUAAACCAACCUUUUAUACCAUUUAUACAUCACAUCUGAGGUGAAACAGUAGUAUGAGGCACGGUUUUUAUCAUACUGGCAGACCUCGGACAGAAAGCAGUAUUUCACAAUACAAUUGCACUCAUUCAAUAUUCAUAAACUGUUAAAAUAAUUUCCAUCCGGUUCUCACUUUUGUAGUGCGAGCUGUGGCGAGUGUUUGAAUGAACAUUAACAGAGUUACGCUCCAACAUUAUAAAGAAUUUAUUCUGUUUAUUUUUUAUUCAAUGGUUUAUUAACGCGCGGAAUUUUGAGUACUCCUGCAAGCGAUGUUCACUGAACGACUGAAAACAAUCGGCACAGCGAUUAAAAUUACAAGAGAGACUACUAACAAUCAAUGAAAGAAAUAUAAUUCAGUGAAACAUAUACAGAAACAACAAUUUUCAUUCAGGAAGACAAGUAUUAAAGUAUCCCUAAAAAUCCUGAGUCUUCAAUCUUCAAGCUUAAGUUUGUGUUUUAAGCCGGCUUCCCGGUGUUUGCUUUUUUCAAAGACGAACUCGAGGCAAGAAAAUCGCUCAAAGCUUUCUUUUCCGGCCAGAAUUAUAACUAAAUAUUCUUUGGAACGUUUUCUUUCUAUCUGCGGUGAGAAACUGUCUAAAGGCAUUUUAAAGUUCUGUUAAAGCUUAUAUCAAACCUGAUACUCGGUCAGAUCAUUGUCUCAAAUCUUACAAACGUGCAGAAACUAAAUGACCGCAUAAACUCCGCUCGACUUCAUUAAAUUAGAUCCAAAAAAACAAACAUCAAAUACAAGAUUUUCUCUGGCUUACCAUUCGAGAUGCAGCUCCUGAAAGGCAUCAAGAAAAGCCAGUAUCGCUUCAGACUUUGCAAUCCUCUUACGCAUCAAGCAAGGUGAAAACGAAAACGAUGCCAUCCGAAAUCGGAUUUCCGACUUUGACAAGCGACGUAUUCCUCAACCAAAUACCCAAUAAACAAACUAGCCAUGAAUAACAGAGGACUCCUGAUAGCAGCUGAAUUUCAUUUUGCACAUCCAGUGGAAAAAGACAGUUAAAAACAUCACAAGUUGACACAAAACUCUGUCAGCUUCAGCUGUCAAAGUAAACAAGAUUCAAGAUGCUGCAUAAAUUUUCCGCAUGAACUCACCUGUCAAAUUUUGACCAAUCAGAGCAUAAACAUUGGACGUAGAGCGUGACCAACGCGUGACCAUGGUGAGUAAAGUCAAAAGCAACUGUCUUCCCUGCCUGUAACAGCUGGCUGAAUUUUCGCGUCCGAGGUCAGUUUGCAAUCAAAAUUGUAAUUGUGUAGCACAUAAACACAACAUAUUUCAUAUGAAUUUAGAAAAAAAUUGAACUUGAGCCUGCGAUCACUUGAAAACUGGUAACUUGUCAGCGGAUAACUUAAAAAAUAUACUUGACCUCGAUGGGUCGACACCUGAGCCCGCGAUACGGUCAAGUGAUACUGGUCAGCGGGUACCCUGUUUUGACAGCUGUCAAUUGAUCAAAACAUUGAUGUCCAAUAUGUCUGCAUUAUCAGUUUUACUAGUAAAAGUAUGAGAUUGAACAUUGAUCUAGUAAAACAAUUAACUGGUCAGCGGACAGCUUCCAAAUAAAUCACGUCACCUCGAGGAGUUGACACAUGAGACCGCGAUAUGGUCAUGGGAUACUGGUCAGUGGCUAUCCUGUUUUGACAGCUGUCAAUUGACCAUAUUGUGAAUGUCCUAAAAUCCCCCUCUAAAAUCCUAUAUUAAAGAUGUGGACUUGCCAAGACACGCCUGAGACACCCCUCCCUUCCUUUUGAUAAUCUCCCCUACCCCACCCGUACAAUCUGUAGACGCGUACGUACGUACGUACGCUCGGUCAAUCACGUGACAACCAAACGAAAAGAGGUUGACCAUAUUCCAUGAGUAUGGGGCUCUGUCCCACGCGCGCUUCGCGCGCGCGGGAGCCCCGCUAUAAUUAUGUCUUAAGAGUAAGAACUAAAAUUUAAUCACUGGUCAAUUAAACUACUUUGUUAAUAAUUCGUCGCGAAAGUCAAAGCAAGCAGAAAUACUUUUUAUGAAUUAUAAAUGAAUAUAGUAAUUAGAUACGUUCAUCAGUUCAUUGAUCAAAACGUUCACAGGUAACUGGGUAAUAUUUGGAAUCAGAAUCUUAACUUUAUUGUAAAAAUUAUUCCUAAUCAAAAAGCAUUUUGAACAAUUGAAAAGAAAGUGAAUUUCGUCUUCUAUUUGAUUGGAUCCACAAAAAGGGCAAUUCCUAUUAUCUCUAGCAGUUUGAUUGUAUCUACCAAGUUCUAUCAUUAGCAUGUGGUUACUUAUUCGUAGUUUUACUAAUUUCUCUCUCAGCUGUUCCUCUAGUCUAGGUAAUUAGAAGUGGUAUGAUCGCUUUUAAAAGAUCUAAAAAAUUCUAGUUUUUGAGAGUGGUGAAGGGUGUUUUGCGUGAAGACACUGAGGAACGGCUCUGUAGAAGACAAAACAAUAGGCAACGUACUACCUCGUACUACCGAAAUAGGUAGACCACGAAUUCAAAAAUACGCGUUACAGUUGAUUUUGGUGCCAGGCGUUAACGACUUAGGUCAUGUGGAUUUGUUUGUCAGACCAAAAAAGGUGAACUCACACGUGGUCACAUUCUUUUCUUAUUGCUGACUUUGUUGUUUGCUCAUCAGAGUGGUUAGAGUUUAUAUAGCGGUAGAGGACUGCAACCGAAAGAACUUUCAUCCGCAAGCGAAAAUUUCUCCAUUUUGGUUGACUUAGAACUUGGCCUAUCUUUAGCCUCCCAAGUGCUCAGGAAAGUGACCACGUGAGUUCACAUUUUUGGUUUGAAAAACAAAGCCACGUGACCCAACUCGUUAACGUUUGGCGACAAAAUCAACUGUCAGGCAUAUCUCUGAAUUCCCGGUGUACUUGUUUCGGUAGUAUCAAUUCCAAAUUACAUUGUUUGCAAAUCAAACAGACAAGUGCACGAAUUUUUGCAUAUUUGGAAGUACUAAGUCUUAUUUGAGUACUGGUGAUGUACCAGGAAAUCGUUUCCAUCUUAUGAAAAGAAUACAUAAGAAUCUAAAUUCAUUUUUUUAAAAUUACAUUGGGUUCAAGUUAUCAAGAUAGAGAUUCGAAGAUUUGGGAAAAAGUGGAAGUUGAAAAUACGACUGUAUUACUAGGAAAGGGAAAUUGCUCUUUGUUGGCAAAUUAUUGGGAGUGUGAAGAAUAAAUGAUUUUAUAACAGUAAAUUAAAUUGUAAUAAUUGUAAUGUUUUUUAAAAAAAACACAGGCGUCUUCGCAAAAUAGCAAAAAAUCACACGAGAAGAAGAAAAUUGCUCCUGUUGCAUGGAUGAUCAUUAUUGGUGACGCUCUUCACAACUUUAUCGAUGGGUUGGCAAUUGGUGCUUCAUUUUCCAGUUCAAGAUAUAUUGGUGUCAGUACUUCACUUGCGAUAUUCUGUGAAGAGCUUCCACAUGAACUUGGUAAGUACUAACUUUGAAAGGCUAUGUUCAUACUAUAACGGAUAGAUUUUGCGCCGGCAAGAAAACCAUACGGGAUAGGGCUUCUGUUCACACAUAAAAACAGUGAAUUGGGCGCGAUUUCUGUAACGGAGCGAAGCUGCGCCGCGCCGAUCUCGUGAGAAAAGUGGAGAGUCACAUAGCGGAUAGGUGUUCACACUUAAAACUGGAUAGCUUUCUGUGUCGGCACGAAAAGUUAUCUGGUACUCAGUGUGAAUAGUGGAAUUUAGAAAAGUUAUCAAAAGAACUGCGAGCAACAAAGUGUUAAGGUAUAUAAUUACACUUUCACUGCUUAUUACAAAACAACUGAAAUUUUUGUCCUGAUAUAGAUAGGGGCGAGCUGCAUUUGGAAAUUUUUUUUUGAUUUUACAAAACGUUUUUGAAAUGCUCCCCAGGUGACUUUGCAGUUCUUCUGAAUGCUGGUUUGUCAUAUAAAGCCGCAUUGGCCUUCAACUUUUUGUCGGCAUGCACUUGUUAUUUGGGGCUUGUCAUUGGAUUGUUGCUAGGUUACACAACGUCCGCUGUCACGUGGAUCUAUGCUCUUGCUGGUGGAUUGUUUGUCUACAUUGCUCUUGUUGAUAUGGUAAGUUGCACCUUAAAACCUAAAGGCCUUCGCAGAAAAUACCAUAAUAUUCAUUAAUGGGAAAGAAAGAAUAGAAUUUGUGUGGAAGAUGAGUUUACGUUUAAAAGCUCGGUAAAGGAUAAGGGUCACCUUUUAUAGAUAUAAUAUACACUUAAUGUCAGAUCCCAAGGGAAACAGUUAGUUUUGUUCGUCUCGGGAAACAUCAGGACUCGAGGGAAAACAAAACUAACUGCUUCCUGAGGAAUAAUUGAUGAGAGAUUCUGCAUAAAACCAAGCAUAAAAUCGAGCCAGGAAGAAUACCGUCUAGUUUUCGUCAUUAAGUAUGCUUUUUCCUUCAUGCUAUUAGGAUUCAAUUUAAUUAUAUCUUGCCUCAUUACUUGAAAAAAUUCCUUUAACUAAGAGGUACCUUAAAUUGCCUAUACAAAUUCUAUUUGUGAUAAAAGUUAUCUUGCAUGAAACUGGAAAAAACCUGUGAAUAUAGGUUUUCAAGAAUAGUUCCAUCUAAUGGGCACAGCCUCUCUCCCACGUCGGUAAUGGUCGUAAAUAAAAUCUGGGCAUGAAGGAGUAAAAUCAAAGCUCCUGACCAGAUCCUGGACAGGUUUAUCCCAUCAGCAUAGAAUUUUUGAGUACAAAACGCAAACGCUUCUCUCACAAAACAUCCCUGUCAGCGACGAGCAAUGACAGACAGCUGUUUAGCACGCUACGUUAUCACUGCUUUGGGAUCAUUAUCAUAAAUUAUCAAACUUUAUCCGCUUCUAACAUUUAUUUCCUGUUUGUUUUAAUGCAGUUACCGGAAGCUUGUGAAAUGUCAGCUAAAAUCGGAGAACGUUCCAUUCGCCGAAACAUCAAGGCCUUUGCUCUUCAGAAUUUUGGCAUACUGCUUGGCUUUGCUAUUAUGCUUAUUUUAGCUCUCUACGGAGAGACAAUUUCAGUUAAGUAGAGCAUUCUCAAAGAUCAGUAACAAUUUUAAAAUUCAAAUUGGAAUUGUUGUGUUAUAGCGUUGACGUUUCACGUUUUUAAGCCUGUUUUAUAACUUUAAAUUUAUGCUGAAAAGAUUGCACAGGAAAGCACAUGCGUUUGGGUAUAGGUGAGUCGCUGAGGGUUUCAAUGACCCUGUUAAGGACAAAAAAAUUCCUAAGAUACAUAGUCUGUUUAGGACAAAGGACAAAAUGCACGCCCUGUUGUUUUACAGCCAGUUGUUGGCAAUUGCCAUAGAGCAAAUCCACGUUUUUGUAUACUUGGAAUACAAACAAAUUUCAUUAAGCAAAUUAAAUCAAUCGUGCAAGCAAUACCCUGUUUAUAAUUAGGAAAGACUCGCACGAAAUUGAAUAUCCUUUUUAGGACAGAAUGGCGCGAAAUUGUACACCCUGUUUAGGACAGAGAGGACAAAAAACAUACCCUAUAUGGCCUCAUAGGCCAUACAAAGGAGUACACCCCCUAGGCCUUUUCUGGUCACCUCGUGAUUACGGACAGUUUUUCUCGGCCCGGCAAAUUCUUUAUAAAAAAACGUUAGGAGCGGUCACCCGUUAAUACAGCCAAAAACCACAUUUUAAAAUCCCAGACAGUAGAAUCCCUUAUAAUUUCACCGCGUUAAUGCGGCCACUCGAUCGAAAUUAAGAAAAUUAAAAUGCCUGUGACAUGUCAAUUUUAUUGAUCUAGUAUCCUAGUCUAAGCUUAUUCUUGUCCUGUUUUUAGACUACAGUACACUUAAAAUGCACUUCUGGCGAUUUAUAAUGAGUUUGUUUCAUGUACUGGAGGAAAAUUUUAAGAAGUUUUUUCAAUUACUGUACGCGAUAUCUACAUUCCUGUAGUUUAUUAAUGAGAACAGUACGGUGAAUGCGAUGCACGGUGUAUUCCUGGUGUGUUUGUCAUUACGGCCCUCGAGUCAUGAAAUUUGAGCCUACCCCGGUAAUGCAGUCACCCCGUUAAUACGGCCAAUGUUUUUGGGCCCAUUGGUGAUCGUAUCAACGGGGUUCCACUCUAUUCAAAAGUAAAAUAGUUUAAAGUAAACUGUUUAAUAAUCGGUCCCUAUUUUAAUAGGAAAUUAACAAUUUGUUUAAACUAUUGUUCUUAUUGUCUUUUUCUGCGAUUUUUUUUGUCGUAAAAGAAGCAAUUUGUAGAUUAAUUUACUUUAUUUAUUUUUCUUUUCUUUCUAUCAUUUUUUUAACAAAACUAUAUCUACACUAUAAUGCGCAUGGUAACCUUGUAUUAUCCUAACCCUUCUGUCAAUAUUUUUAUAAUUUUGAAUAAAAUUUGACUUGACUUAACGACUUGGGCUAAAGAGGAUCAGUCUGGAAUAUGAUUGAUUAACAAUACCUCCUGCCGGGAUACCUAGAACAAGGUAAAAUUGACCC